CUACUCUUAUUGCAAUAUUACGUGCUCCUCUCUUCGCUUUUUUCCUCUCAAAAUAAAAGUUGUUCAUUGCAUUUGGCAAAGUUGGCAUAGUGAGCUCUUGCAGGAUCACCUCACCUGAGAGAUAGCAAGCCGGCCAUACACAGCCGUCCGCCUGCAGUACGAGACGAGCUAGCAAGGCGGCGAUGACCAUCGUUGCGGUGGCGGUGAAUAUAGGCGGGAACAGCCGCGGCAACGGAAGCAAACGUGCCGUGAAAUGGGCUGUUGAAAAUUUGUUACCACAAGCUGAUCACUUUGUCUUAGUUCAUGUCAUGCCCAUCAUCACCCACAUUCCUACCCCAUCUGGUAAUAGUAUCCCCAUCACAGAAUUAGACAAAAAAGUUGUGGCAAAGUAUAUGGAGGAUGUUAGAGAGAAAACUCAAGCUCUCUUCCUACAGUAUAAAAGACUUUAUAGACCAGGGGAGUUGAUGUUCGAGACCUUGCUGCUUGAAUAUGAUAAUAUUGCUGCUGGACUUGUAGAUUAUAUAAGAAAGUCGAAUGUCAGAAGCUUAAUUCUGGGUUCUGAAUCAUUGAACCGCUUUUGGAGGAAGAUCAAAGGUCAUGGAGUACCACAGUUCGUGUUAAAAGCUGCACCUGAUACUUGUGACAUAUUCAUUGUAUCUAAACGAAGAGUAAAGACAAAGCUCGCUAGUUCGAUGAUCUCAAACAUGAUCUUAACUGAUAGAGAGACCUCGUCAACAGAAACUGAUAGUGAUAAGCUGCCUAUAGUAGUGACAACAGGCCAGACACCCGUGCACUCUUCUUCUUCAAUUGAACCAAGUACUGGAGUUUCACCGAUUUCAGAUCAUUUGAAUCUAUCAAAUUCAUCAGCAGAUACACAGGAAGGGUCUAACAAUGAUGAUUAUAAUGCUAAAAGCAAUGCGAGUCAUAGUUCUAUGGCUUCUACCUACACUGAUCUUUCUUCAUUCGGCCAAGCGUCCAUAACUGAGACUCAAGUGUCCUAUGAGCAGCAGUUCGACUUGCAGAAUGAUGUAGAACUACUGCGCCUAGAGUUGCAAACUACCCUUGCUUUGUAUAAUCGAGCUUGUGAAGAUCUAGUCUAUGCUCAAAAGAAGGUGCGGAUUCUAUCUUCAGAAUGCGUUGUAGAAGCUGAGAAGGUAAAUGCUGCUACAGAACGUGAAGAAACUCUACGAAAAAUUGCAGAGCAAGAGAAAUUAAAGCAUCUGCAAGCUGCCAAAGAUGCCCAAGUAGCUAAAAAUUUACUUGCUAAAGAAUCCUAUGAAAGACAGAUAGCAGAACUUAAUGCUUUAAAAGAGUUCAAGGAGAGACAAAAAAUUGUUGAUGCACUCAUCUCAAAUGAAAGGAGAAUUAGAAGGUACACCCCAGAUGAGGUUAAAGUGGCUACAGAUAACCUUUCCGAGAAAAAGAUUAUUGGUGAAGGUGGCUACGGUAAAGUUUAUAGAGGUACGCUUGAUCAUACGCCCGUUGCAAUAAAGGUGCUUGAGCAUGAUGCAACUGACAAAAAGGAGGAGUUUCUUAGAGAGAUUAGAAUCUUGAGCCAAUUAUGCCAUCCAAAUAUCGUGUUACUACUUGGGGUAUGUUCUGAAAUGGGUUGUCUUGUAUAUGAGUACAUGGAAAAUGGAAGCUUAGAAGAACAUAUUUUCCGCCAUCAUGGAAGAGCACCUCUUCCUUGGUUUGCUAGGUUCCGCAUAGCCUUUGAAGUUGCUUGUGGUCUUGCAUUCUUACAUCGCAGAAAACCUGAACCAAUUGUGCAUCGUGAUCUUAAACCUGGGAAUAUUUUGUUAGGAAGAAAUUAUGUAACCAAAAUCAGUGAUGUUGGGUUAGCCAAGCUCGUAUCAGAUAACAUUCCAGAUUCAGUUACCAUGUUCGGAAACUCCUUGCUUGCUGGAACUUUAUACUAUAUAGACCCAGAAUAUCAAAGAACUGGUACUGUCAGACCAAAAUCAGAUUUGUAUUCUUUUGGUAUUAUACUAUUACAGUUAUUAACAGCUCGUCGUCCAAACGGCCUUUUACUGGUCAUGGAGAACGCGAUUGCCAGUGGUUCAUUGCCGUAUAUAUUAGAUGAUUCAAUCAAAGAUUGGCCACUUGCUGAAGUAGAGGAGUUAACUAAGCUUGCAUUAGACUGCUGUAAGCUCAGAUGCAGAGAUAGACCAGACCUUGAAACAGGAGUUCUUCCAGUUCUGAAAAAACUUGCUGAUGUUGCAGAUGCUAGUAUGAAAGUCGAACGUAACAGCAUCUUUGCACCUAGCCACUACUUCUGCCCUAUCCUACAUGAAGUUAUGGAUGAUCCACAUGUAGCAGCAGAUGGUUUUACAUACGAGCGUAGAGCAAUAGAAGCAUGGCUCGAACGAUACGACGUAUCACCAGUGACAAAGCAAAGAAUGACUCAUUUUAAUCUGACUCCCAACAUGACCUUGAUUACAGCCAUACAAGAGUGGAAAUCUCGUUUGGCUUCUAAACAUUCUUGAAGGUGAACCCAAAAAAGAUUGUAUAGUUUCAUGCAGAAUUCAGUUUAUUUUCUGGGUAUCCUUUACCUUCUGUCAACCUUUAAAAACUUCCCUCCUACAUUUAUACGCACACCCUUCUGUAUAUAUAAGCAGGAGGGCUAGUGAGUUUAUCACUGAGAUAAACUUAAUUUGGAUGUCACUAUUCGCUUUCGAAUGUAUAUCAACAACUUUAAGUGUAUAUUAAAUCACAUCGAUUGUAUAUUGAAAUGAGGGGUCUCACCAUAGUUAAAUGAACAAAAUGAGAUGAGAAAAA